GGUGCCUGUACAGCCUCUGCACUCGUACAGACAGGGCCACACUACACCAUGUCGGUCACGCUCCACACGUCCCACGGCGAGAUCAAGAUCGAGGUCUUCUGCGAGACCGUCCCCAAAGCUGCAGAGAACUUCCUGGCGCUGUGCGCGAGCGGCCAGUACGACGGGUGCCUGUUCCACCGCAACAUCAAGGGCUUCAUGAUCCAAACCGGCGACCCGACUGGGACGGGCAAGGGCGGCCAGUCCAUCUGGGGCCGACCGUUCCCGGACGAGGUGCGAGGGACGCUCAAGUUCAACCAGCGCGGCAUUGUCGCCAUGGCCAACUCGGGCCCCGAUACGAACAAGUCGCAGUUCUUCAUCACCUACGCGAAACAGUCUCAUCUCGACACCAAGUACAGCAUCUUUGGACGGGUCAUCGACGGGACCGACACGACGCUCGACGCGAUGGAGAAGGUCCCGGUCAACGACAAGAUGCGGCCGCUGCAGCCGAUCAAGAUUGAGCGGGUCGAGGUGCACGCCAACCCGAUCGCAGAAAAGCAGGCCUGAGGCGGCCCGCACCCGUCUCGCUCGUCCUGUAUCUUGUGUGUACUGCUUCUGUGUUGCAACCUAGUCGUCUGCGAGU